UCAGUUAUAAUAACGCGUGCCGAGAUCAUUUCUGUGUUAGUUACAAGUGAUAUAACAAUACUAUGGCCGAUGGAAUUCUACACCCACAAAGGACAGAAGUUGUUGUACGAGGGGAUGGAAAAUGUUUCUACCGAGCGAUUGCCCUAUGGAGGGAUGAAACAAGUGACAGAAAACACGGGGAAAUUCGAAGCUUGUGUAACUUCCUUAUUGAGAAAAAUCCGCAGGUAUUUCAGCCAUUGUUGUUUGCAUCACGUUCAGUGGAGGAACAUGUUAAGAAAAGUAAACUUGCUGGGUCUUGGGCAGAAACUGUUGACAUCUUUAGUUGUGCAACACUGCUCAAGAGAACUAUUAGUACAUUUUCAACUAAAGAAAAAAGUGGUUCACUUUUAACCCUCUCAAGAUCGCUAAUUUUUCGUCUCCUAUGGAAACAAAGAAGGGUUGUGAAUGUCCUAUUACUCUGAAAUAUUAUGAUGAUUAUGCCCAAGCAAACCACUUCAAUCUCCUUCUUCCUCAAGGAAAUUGUUGUAAUGCUCCCCCGCCUGAAAAUAAACCAUCCUCAGUGGUAAUAGAUUUAGAUAAUGUUGAACAAUCGUAUGCUUCAGCUGUCAAACAAAGUUCAAAAACAUGUCCUCCCACCAAAGUAUCCUCAACAACAACUAACACUACCAAUCAGUCCCCCCACACUCAGCCCACUAAACAAACAAAAGGAAACUUAUCAAGUACAGAUACUGCAGCCAAAAAAUCAUCUUCAGCUUGUAGUAGUAUUGAUUCUGCUAAACAGCCAUCACAAGCUACUUAUUUCAAACAAAGAUCUCCAACAUCGACUAAAGCCAAUUAG